AUGAUAAUUUGAGAUAAUUAGCAUUAGGUUUAAAUACGAAUGACGAUAACGGUGAUUUUUCUGGUAAGGCAAAAGGUUAUCGAUUAAUAAUUAAAGCGCUUUCUAAUUAUUUUUCGUACAUUAUUAGUAUAUUCCUCUUUUCAUUAAUUUCUCCCAUUGGCAUUCCACAAUAAAAACUGCAUCGUGACAAAUGUAAAAUAGAAGAGUAAGACAGCAAAUCAUUCAAUGGGUGAGAGGAGAAGGGAGUGAGGUGAAAAAGGAUGAUGCAUCGACUGCUGACUUCACAAGCGCCAGCGCCGAUUCACGAUGUCGUCACUGCUGGUAAUGGCAAGAAGUGAGUGGUGACGUGACAGUCAGCCAGUGACUGUUCGUCGUUCUUAAUGGAUGGAGUAUUGUAAUUUUAUUGUAUUCCUAUUCAAAGUGUUCUAGUUCAGUGCGCCUAACUCUUCCUGUCACUUUUGUGAAAAAAGUGUAACAAUACGUAUCAGCAGCCCGAAAGAAAAUACGUAGCAAAAAUGGAUGAAAAGACUGAGCACAUUGUAAUGACACCAAAAUGCAAGACUUCAAAUUCCACAACACUGAUAAUAGAGAGGCAAACCUUGGAGCCUCCGGCGGAGAAUGGAAACGAAAACAAUGUUCACAUUGCUGGUGGCGAUCACAAAGGAAUUGUCAUCAACAAACAGGCUGUGGCUGUAACGAAUGGAGAAGUAUGUCCUGCCCAGCUUUGCCUACAAUUCAGAGUGUUUCUAGUGAGCGCACAAACUGGAAAGCAUACACAAGAACAAAGAACUCUUCAAUUCUGGUUCACCGAUACACUCUCCGUAUCGGAACAGCCCAGCAUUGCACAAGAAUUUUUCAGAGAACUUGUCACUCCACAGGAAUUUCCUAGAGAUUACGUGGGAUUUAUAAAAAAGAUAAUGAAAUUGAUGCAACAUAAGUAUCCCAGUAUUAAAAAACUGGAAAUAGAGUUAAGACAACUGGAAGAACCAAUCACACUUCCAAGCAGACCAUCUACUGGUCACUUACUAUUCACACUUCCUCCCUCUGAGAAAGUUAUAUGGACAUCAGUAUCUGCAGAUGAAGCCAUCAUGGGUCAAGUGAUUGAGUUAACAGUAGAAAAAGUUCUGGAGCUCAUUGAGUCUGCCUAUCCAAACCCAAUAACUGUGGUUGACAUAUCAAAGGAGCAUGGAUGGGAACCGUUAGAUGUGGAGGCUAAGUUGAAAGAACUUCAAGAGAAAGGACUCAUUAAAUCAUUGGAUCAUGGGGCUUUCACACGUGUCGUUCACGAAGAUACUCAGAUUCAAGUAGUGAAGCAGAUGCCAACAAUGGCAAGCGCAAAACAACCUACCGUAGCUAUUAUUACAGCUCAAUAUUGUGAGAAACUUGCUGUGGAUUCAAUGAUUGAAAACAAGGAAACCUUUGUCCGCUACACUACUGUUGGUACUGCAAGCUCACCAGAUACGACAGAUGGAGUUCCGCGAGUGAUAUGCCGUUUUGGGGAAUCAAACGUUUAUACUUUGGGCAAUAUCGGUGCACAUAGGAUUGUGUGCACUAAAUUGCCAACUGUGGGCCAUACUAGAGAAGCAAUGACUGCAGCUGGCAAUACCAUUACCAGAUUGUUAGGUACGUUCCAAAAGGUGGAUUUUGUUUUUCUUGUCGGAGUCGGUGGUGGUGUUCCUCACUAUACAGAUUACAAUAAACACGUGCGACUGGGUGAUGUAGUAAUAUCGCAUCCAACGCCGUACAAUAAUAAAUAUACAUACAUUUAUUGCGAAAGUGCCAAGAUGAACGAAAAUGGAAAUUAUCAUUUCGAGACCAAAGAAUAUUGCCCGCCAAAUCUCGGUCUUCAAGAAAUCGCGGCGUCUCUUAAAAAAGAGGCUGAAAACGAAGCAUUUCCACCAUGGCAGAAGUAUACGAAGGAAGGUUUGGAGAAUCUGAUCAAUCAGUCGGAACAUGACUUUAACGCACCACCACCAGAAUCCGAUAAACUAUAUAUGGCUAUUGGAGAAAGAGAUGUUAUCGAAGUAUCCCAUCCAACUGCACCACAGGAUUCUAUAAAUAAAAGAAUUGAUGGAUGUUCUCGAAUUCAUCUAGCGCCAGUGGCAUCUGGUCGACAAAUCGCACGAGACGAUCAACUUAGGCAAAAGUUCGCAAGUCGAUUCGGCGCACUUGCAUUUGACGCGGAAAUGGAUGCCGUGGUAGAGAGUAUUUUAGGUAAUUGCCGUGAAAAUUUCGUCGUAAUUCGCGGAAUUGCCGAUUAUAAAGAUGGUACCCGAAUCAAAGAAUGGCAACCUUACGCGGCAUUAGCGGCAGCUAGUGUAAUGAAAGCUAUAAUCUGUGUUAUGGAUCCACCGACCAAUGAUUAAUGUCGCUCGUGUAGAUUUUAUAUAGCGUACAAUGCAACCGCAUAAUUUUUUUCGUAGGAUAAAUGAUAAAGUUUAAAAUCAAAACGACUGAUAAGUAUUGCACAAAGUGCGCAAAAAUAAUAAGUAGUCGAUUAACUUCAAUAGGUUCCUCACUUGUAAAAGUAGAUUUCGCAACAAUGCUUUAUUCUAUAUUAUAAUUCAUGUGCCACUGAAAUCUUUUAUAGAUUUUUUCAGGUUAGUGCCAUUUUUACAAAUGUUUAAUUGACAGCAUUUUUUAAAAAGUAUCUUCCUACAGUCAUAUUAUUGACGUUGAAAUCGGGAUUAAUCACAGUCAAGCGUUCUCAAAAAUAUCGAGGAGAAUAUUCAGCUGUUACAUUGGUCGCUUAUUGUUUAAAUUUUACUUCUUUUUUUUAAUGUACUAGAAAAAGAAUAGUGCCAUGGUUAUUUUCCAUAAUUGUCGUAUAAUGAAUUAUGAAACGAGAGACGAGACGAUUUCAUAUCAGUUUUUUGCGAGGAUAAACUUGUGUACAUUCGUAUUAGAUAUGUUAAACGGUGUGUUAUAUCAACAUAUCUAUAUUUUUUACUUGAACAUCAAAUCAAUGACUUUUUAAAAAAGAUAAUUCUUUAGAUGAAUAGAUUCAUUUACUAAAUCGAAAUAUAACCGGUGAAAAAAUAAUUUAAGAUAAAGAAAUAAAAAAGUUUGAACAUACAUGAUCAAUUGAUUGUAUUAU